GGAGAGGCAACCUGGAGAACAACUUUACAAAACAAUCUUUUCUUUUUUCUUUAACAUUUUGGAAAAGCGUCUCCCAGCUCUUCAUCAUUUAACCAAGGUUCAGUGGAACACAAGAAAAAAAUUGUCGUCAUCAUGGCGUUAAUGAUACUGCCAUUCUUUGGAGCACUGUCUGUAUUUGAGGGUCUGAUAGCCUUGACGACGGUGUGCUUGGUUUACCUGACACUCAAGCAGUACCGCACAAAGAUUCCUGAGGGACUUUGCCAACUCCCUGGUCCAAAAGCUCUUCCUGUCAUUGGAAAUUUGUUGGAGGUGGGCAAAACGCCCUACCUGAGUCUCACUGAAAUGAGCAAGCGUUAUGGAGAUGUCUUCCAGGUUCAGCUUGGCUCACGUCCUGUUGUCAUUCUGAGUGGUUUAGAAACUGUCAGACAGGCUCUUGUCAAGCAAGGAGAUGACUUUUCCGGCAGACCUGACUUGUACAGCUUCAGCUUCAUCAAUGACGGCAAGAGUCUGGCCUUCAGCACAGACAAAGCUGGUAUUUGGCGGACUCGCAGAAAGCUGGCCUACAGUGCCCUGCGUUCUUUCUCCACCCUGGAGUGCAAGACCUCAGAGUACUCCUGUGUGCUGGAAGAACACGUCAGCAAAGAGUGCAAGUAUUUGAUCAAAGAACUUGACACUGUCAUGAAGACCGAAGGCAAAUUCGACCCUUUCCGUUACAUCGUUGUCUCUGUUGCCAACGUGAUCUGUGGCAUGUGCUUUGGCCGGCGCUAUGACCACCACGACCAGGAGCUGCUGAGCUUGAUAAACCUCUCUGAGGAUUUUGCCCAAGUGACAGGCAAUGGAAACCCCGCCGACUUCAUCCCUGCCCUGCAGUACCUGCCCAGCAAAAGUAUGACAAAGUUUGUCGAUCUCAACAAUCGCUUCUGCAGCUUUGUCAAAAGGAUUGUCAAUGAGCACUACAUCACUUUUGACAAGGACAACAUCCGUGACAUUACAGACUCCCUGAUUGAUCACUGCGAAGACAGGAAGUUGGACGAGAACUCCAACGUCCAGAUAUCAGAUGAGAAGAUUGUUGGAAUUGUCAAUGACCUCUUUGGGGCUGGUUUUGACACCAUCUCAACUGGUCUGUCCUGGGCUGUGAUGUACUUGGUAGCUUAUCCAGAGAUAGAGCAGAGGCUUUUUGAAGAAAUGAAGGAGAAAAUAGGUCUGGAUCGUGCUCCCACUCUCUCUGAUAGAAACAACUUACCCUUGUUGGAGGCCUUCAUCCUUGAGCUCUUUCGCCAUUCUUCAUACUUGCCCUUCACAAUCCCACAUUGUGCUACAAAAGACACAUCCCUGAAUGGUUACUUCAUUCCCAAAGACACAUGUGUCUUCAUCAACCAGUGGCAGAUUAAUCAUGACCCUGAAGUGUGGAAGGACCCGUCUUCCUUCAUCCCAGACCGUUUCCUCAGUGAUGACGGUACUGAGGUGAACAAACUCGAUGGAGAGAAGGUCAUUACUUUUGGCUUGGGAAAGCGGCGCUGCAUCGGUGAGGUUAUUGCACGAAACGAAGUCUUCCUCUUCUUGGCUUUCAUCAUCCAAAAGCUGCACUUCUACCAGCUGCCUGGAGAGCCACUGGAUCUGACCCCAGAGUACGGACUCACGAUGAAGCACAAACGAUGCUACCUGGGAGUCAAAUUAAGAGUUGAGAAUGAGAAGUGAAGCUGUUUACAAUUCUGAAAGACUCUGAAGGUGGUUUAUGCUGACUCUGAGCUUAUAGCAGUCAGCGAAAGAAGCAUCUUUCUAAGAACGUGAGGCACUAGAGGAUUUAUCUGUAGAGCUAAUGGCAUUGAGGCAGACGAAUGAAGCUUGCUUGAAGCAAAUUGUAAGAAAUGUUUUGUUUUUGACAUAUUUAGUAUGCAAAACAAAGUUUCUGCUUCUCUGGGAAGUUUAAGGAGAUGCUUUGUUUCUUCUGAUGUGUGGUUCUCUGAUAUACAGUAAGAAGGUUCCAUUCAGAAAUGAGAAAACGUGCUAUCGGAGCUGUUCAACUUUUGGAACGAGUAUGUUUUAAUC